CCAUUUUCUCUCAGGGUUCUGUUUGCCCCUGUCCGCAUGAUCAUGCUGCCGCCCAGGCACUAUUGUGUUGUGCUCAACCCCACUGCCCGUAAUGAUGAAGGUCAGGUUCAGUUUGAUGCAUCAGGUCAAGCUAAGCUCAGACAUGCUGACCUGGAGAUCCGCCUGACCCAGGACCCAUUCCCACUCUACCCUGGUGAAGAGAUUCAAAAGGAUGUGACGCCACUGCAGAUUGUGUACCCGGACACAGCCCUGCGUCUGCAGGCCCUGCUGGACUUUGAAGAGGAGGGAGGAGAGAAGAGGGUAGCAGGAGACGAGUGGCUGUUUGAGGGACCAGGGACGUACAUUCCCAGGAAGGAGGUGGCGGUACUUGAAGUCAUAAAGGCCACGGUGAUCAGAGAGAAUCAGGCCAUUCGCCUCCGAGCACGCAAAGAGGGCCUGGACCGCAGUGGAGUCCAAAGAGUUACUGGUGAGGAAUGGCAGGUCAGUAAGGUGGGAGCUUAUCUGCCUGGAGCUCACGAAGAGGUUGUGGAUAUUGUCAAUGCUUUCAUCCUCACGGACAAGAAAGCUUUGCAUGUGCGAGCUCUCCGGCCGUUCCGUGACACCGGGGGCCAAGAGCGGCGCACCGGAGAAGAGUGGCUGGUGACCGUGGCAGACAGAGAAGCUCACAUACCCUCUGUGGCCGAGGUGGUUGUCGGGGUGGUUGACGUAACGACUCUGAACAGCAGGCAGUACUGCGUGGUUUUGGACCCCGUGGGGGCUGAUGGAAAACUUCAGCUCGGACAGAAGAGAGUGGUGAAGGGUGAGCGUUCGUUCUUCCUCAGGCCAGGAGAGCAUUUGGAGAACGGCAUUCAGGAUGUGUACGUGCUGUCAGAGGAGGAGGGGCUCGUGCUGCGUGCUGUCGAGGCCUUCAUUGACACUGAGGUGGUA